UAUAUCUCACGCUGAACAGAAAGUGGCUGCAAACCAAACACGAGGCAGCUGAGUGGACAAAGGAGGCUGCUGUUCAGAGCAGAGCUGGAGGCGAGCAGAGCCUGAGCCCAUUGGUUUCUACGGAGGCUGUGCGCGCUAUAAAAGCAGCCUGCGCGUGUGCGAGCGCAGCGUCUUGGAGAGGACUGCGCCUUCAGCCGGAGAGGAAGCGCACCACACAUCACCGGACCCACACGAAGACACACGCGGCGCAGCCAUGAGUGAGAGACAAGCAUCUGGAGCAACAACUGGAAACAGCAAACCAUCUGCUGGCCAAGGACCUCAAGGUCAACCAAAGGUUCCAUCUAAACAUGAGAAGAAGAACAACGUGCCGGAGGACUUCGACAUCGACAUGAAGGACCCCGAGACGGAGAAGGCUGCCGUCGCCAUCCAGUCGCAGUUUAGGAAAUUCCAGAAAAAGAAGCAGGAUGUGAAUUCGUAGAGCGAGCGCUGUCCCCUGCGUCCUCACAUAAUUCGGGCCUGGUCUUGCAUGUCAACCAAAACUGCACUGUCAUGAACUGAGAUGGAAGGGUGGUGGGUGGGAUUCCUGA